AUGCGCCCUCCAAAACAAAAGAGUGCUAAGAAAAAGAAACUAGAAUAUGACAAUCCAAUGGGAUCAUCUUCACAAGAAAUACCAAAUAAAACUGCAGAGAUAGAAGUAGAAGAUGGAGAAGAGAACAAUUUAGCACAGCCGUUAACUUUUUCCCAUACUCCAAAAUCUGAAAAUUCCCGUCGUCACACCACCGCCGAUUUACCGAAGCGGCAGAUGUCGGCGGCCUUUGGGCAGUUAACAAAUAUUUUGACAAAAAUACAGAACGAACGUACACCGCCACCAAAGGAAUACGACAAUUUCGAUAUAUUUUCCAAAUUGUUAGCAAAAAAAUUGAGAGAACUUCCUCCUGAUGAUAGAAAACUUUUUAUGUACGAUAUAGACACUUUAUUUAUUAAUAGGAUAAAGGAGAGGCUAAUUAGGCGUCAAACCCCAUUACUCAGUCCCAUACCAGUCAUAUUCCCUAGUAUUGUCAAAUGCAUCACCAACUUCAAACCAUCCUUCAACCCCCAAACCUCAUAUUCCGAACCUUUGCCAAAUACAUCACCGAUUCCAAGCCAUCCUUCAACCUCCCAAACGUCACAUUCCGAAUCUUUGCGAAAUACAUCACCGAUUCCAAGCCGUCCUUCAACCUCUCAACCAUCAUAUCCUGAACCUUUGCCAAAUACAUCACCAAUUCCAAGCCUUCCUUCAACCUCCACAACGUCAUAUUCUACUUCUACUUCUCAAUACAAAAUUCAAAUUAUUACAUCAGACGAAGUACCACUAAAAGGACAAAACAUUAUCAGUGAAGCAUUACUGAAGGCCUAUCAAAAUUUAGAUUCCUAUGAAAAAUUAAUAUAUACAUAUAUAGGGUUCAACAAAACUAGUUUAUAA